AUGGUGGAUGACAUCAUGAAGGUCUGCCUUCCUGCUGGAGUCCGGCUCGGUGGUCCGCGCGCCAUGGAGGGCGACGUCCUGGGGGAGGAUGCGCUGCAGCAGAAGCUCAGGGACAGCCGCUAUCGCUUCCAGAGGCGCAUGCAGCGACUGAUAGAGAAGUACAACCAGCCCUUCGAGGAUGCCCCGCUGGUGCAAAUGUCCACGCUGACCUACGAGACGCCCCAGGGGUUGAGAAUUUGGGGUGGAGGACUUGUAAAGGAAAGAAACGAAGGACACAUCCAGGACUCCCAUGUGAGGACAGUAGGCAGGAAAGACGACCCCGAGCAAGCCGCAGCCAGAGGUCACGAGCUUCCCACGGCCUGCACAGCAACCCUGGGAGAGGAUUCGAAAAGUGACGAUGUUGAUGGAACUGUAUACCAGGAAGACCUGGCUGCCGGGGCCUUGGUGCCUGCAGUGCCUCGGAACCCUUUGAAAAAUGAGCUGAGAAGGAAGUACUUGACCCAAGUGGAUAUCCUCCUGCAGGACGAAGGGUAUUUCCAGCGUGCCAGUUAUGGAGGUGGAAAGGACACAUGUGGGACCCUGGUCCGUUCGUUGACCUUGCCCGCCAGGCCUGCCCAUGGAUGCUGCGAUAUUAUCUCUGAAAAGAGUCCCGGGAGCCCGAUCAAGCCAGCGUCAUCUCCCAGAGAGAGUGGCCCUUCUCAUUCUUGCUCCACAGACCUGGCCGUGGUGCCUAGAAAUGACAGUCUGUUGCUACAAGGGGCCGGUGGUAACAGCCUCUCAAGCAGCCAGUCCUUUGAGGCCGAGGACAUCUGCGACGUGACCAUCAGCGACAUGUACGCGGGCAUGCUGCACUCCAUGAGCCGGCUGCUGAGCAUGAAGCCGUCGUGCAUCAUCUCCACUAAGACGUUCAUCAUUCAAAACUGGAACUCCAGGCAGAGGUUCAGGCAUAAAGGCAGAGUGAACAGGACGCGCUGCAGAGCGGGCAGGCACUUGCGAGGGAGCCCCCAGGAGGGACCGUCAGCCCGUCCAGAGCCAGCGAAAGAGGUGGGGGCGUUAAGAGCCUGCGAGAACUUACUCAGUGCUUCUGGCCACAAGACAGGUUUAAAACUGGACAAAGCUAUUCUUGAAGUAAACAAACUCCAAAUCCAUAAAUUAGAUCCAAGUUGGAAGGAGCUUAAAGGAACAUUCCAGAAGGAUUCUUCACUGACUUCUUUAGACUCCGGUGCCAUGUAUCGCCUUGACCAGGAAAAUAGAAUUAGGGCAUUAAAAUGGUUAAUUUCUCCUGUAAAAAUAGUUUCCAGACGAAGAACACUGCCAUGCGAGGGAGGGAAGCAUUAUCGGGAGAUCAAAAUCAAAUUUGAUAAGCUGCAUCAGGAAUAUUGCCCGGAUCCCAGGAAGCAGUCCUGCCUGACUUACCUCCCCAGCUCCUCGGCUGUGGACGUGUACAGAGGUGGUCCAGCAAGCCCUGGUGGCCCCCGGAGCUUAGAAACCCACAGGCCGAAUAGCUUUCACAUCAAAGCAAAAGCUAAGAAAUUAAAUGAGGCUUUUGAAAACCUGGGCAGAUCACUCGACGCAGAUAGAUGCCUGCCAACAAGCGAUUCUUCUCUCUUGCUUUCGAAGACCAACCCCACAUGGAGCCCAGGCCUCUCGGAGCAGACAGCUGGCCUUCUUUUUCAAGGAAACAGUCUGGGAAUAUUUAGGAAGUCAGUGUCACCCAGCAAAGCCAUUUCAGUGCCGAGGAUACGACCUCUAAGCUGUGGAAGGGGUCGUUACGAUGAAAUUAAAGAGAAAUUUGACAAGCUUCAUCAGAAGUAUUGCCAAACGUCACCGCAGCGGACGAAGGCACCUCUGUGUAUUGGGGUGUCUCCAGAUGAAGCAAGUGUGAAAGCUCGGUAUCAAAAAGAAGACUUCUUAGGAAAAGUGAACCCAGACUUUGGCUUCCAGGGUUCCCUAAAGUUGUCAUCCUCACCCCAGCGGAGUGUCAGAGGUCCACUGGGCUCAACCACAGUUGAGGUUCAUCCAUCCACAUGCUCUGUGUCUGCUGCUGGGAAGGACCACGAGUCCCCGGCCAAAAGAUGCCGACUGUCAGAUCCUGGGGUGUAUGGCCGGUCAGCCACUUCCCGAGAUUCCUCACGCAUGGUGGGCAAAGCCAUCCCAAGGCCAGGGGAAGAGGUCGGCUCCUCACAGCGCGACUGGGAAGAGAAGAAGAGGAAAGAACAACACAUCUUUGAGGAUGGAAGAGAAAAGUGAUUUUGUGUUAGGAAGAUGCAAAGCUGAAAAAUCUAUAGCCAAGUUAUUUUAGAAUUUUGUUCCUCUCCCCCCUUACUUUUUUUUUAAUUCUCAGGAUUGUUAGAACCUGCUUCACUUAUCUGCCCUUCGAAGCAAAUUUCAAUGAAAUUGGUUCCAUUGAGAUAACUCUGAGUUCUUGCUAUAGAAAUUAUUUGAAUAAAGUUGCUCAAUUAAGAUUUUUAAUGUUAUCCUUUAUAGGCCUAUUUUUCUCAUGGUUUCUUUGUUAGAUUUAGCUACGUCCAGAGAAUUCUCCGCUGCAUUUCCUGUUUUGUUAAAGAAUAUUGUUUGCUAUGAAACCUAAGUUUAAACCCUGGAUCUAAUGGUCCUGGGAGGAAAAUACAGCUGCUGAGUCUUUUAAAUUCAGACCCAGGGGACUUGGUAUCUUCCAUAUUAGACAGUAGUAAAUUGAAUCAUAAUAUAACUCACCCAGAAAAAGUAAUUCCUAACAACUUAAUGUUUUUGGAUGAAAACAUGCUGUAUGUAAGCAGUCCUGUGAUGGUCCCAGAACACUUACAGCCACGUGGCAUCCAUGACGUCUCAUGACAUUUGUUGGAGCUGUUCAUAAUAGGAUAUCACAGUGACUUUUAAUAAAAUAUUUCAAAUAUUCAGAACACAGUGACAAAACCCAUGUACCAACCAUCCUGAGUAAAUGAAGUAAAACAUUG